AUAGCAGCUGUUUGUCUACCAAGUGCUGUGAAUCCAGGUUAUCCCCUGGUUAUCCAUACCACAUUUCUUCCGGGCUCUCUGCUGUCCUUGUUUCCUCUGGUCUGUGCUUACCAACAAGGACAGGAGGGCUGGAAGAGGAGCCUCUUCGGGCUCAAGAGCCGCAGAGCUGAGCACGGAGGUGGCUGUUCCACUGCCUCUGGAUCCUGGGGAAGGACUGGAGAGGGACAAGAGCUGAAGGAUCCCCAACCGUGAGUGAUCUAUGAGAUGGCAGAGAAUGGCACAGACUGUGACCAGAGACGCACAGCAAUGAGCAAAGAGCAGCACAAUGGCAACUUCACAGAUUCCUCUGUGUUGAGUGAACGGAAGCGAAGGGAGCGGGAGGAGAGGCUGAACAUUGUCCUGUGGAAACAACCGCUUGUUACCUUGCAGUAUUUUUGCCUGGAAACUCUAAUAAACUUGAAGGAAUGGACCAUAAAAUUGUGGCACCGGCGGAGCAUCUUGGUGUGUGUUUUACUGGCACUGGCCACGCUCACAGCCACCUACUACAUCGAGGGAGCUCAUCAGCAGUAUGUGAGGUAUAUGGAGAAGAAGUUCUUCUGGUGUGCCUACUGGGUAGGACUGGGCAUUCUGUCCUCUGUUGGCCUUGGAACAGGUCUCCACACCUUUCUGCUCUAUUUGGGUCCACACAUAGCAUCAGUCACUCUGGCUGCUUAUGAGUGUAACUCAGUGAACUUCCCAGAGCCUCCUUACCCGGAUCAAAUCAUCUGCCCCGAGGGAACCACCCAGGGAUCCAUCUCCCUGUGGGCCAUCAUCUCCAAAGUCAGGCUGGAGGCCUGCAUGUGGGGUGCUGGCACAGCCAUUGGAGAGCUGCCCCCCUACUUCAUGGCGAGGGCAGCCCGGCUCUCCGGUGCUGAACCCGAUGAUGACGAGUACCAGGAAUUCGAGGAGAUGCUGGAACAUGCAGAGACUGCACAAGACUUUGCUUCCCGGGCUAAACUGGCCGUGCAGAACCUGGUGCAGAAGGUUGGAUUCUUUGGGAUCUUGGCCUGUGCCUCGAUCCCGAACCCCCUGUUCGACCUGGCCGGGAUAACAUGUGGGCACUUCCUUGUUCCCUUCUGGACCUUCUUCGGUGCCACCCUGAUUGGCAAAGCAGUCAUUAAAAUGCACAUCCAGAAACUCUUCGUCAUCAUCACCUUCAGCAAACACAUCGUGGAGCAGAUGGUGGCCCUCAUUGGUGCUAUUCCAAGUAUAGGUCCUUCUCUUCAGAAGCCAUUUCAAGAAUAUCUGGAAGCUCAGAGGAUAAAACUUCACCACAAGUCGGACGGUGGCGUUCCACAGGGGGAAAACUGGCUCUCCUGGAUAUUUGAGAAACUGGUGAUUGUCAUGGUUUGUUAUUUUAUCUUGUCUAUUAUCAACUCCAUGGCCCAGAGCUACGCCAAGAGGCUGCAGCAGAAGAUGUACUCUGAGGAGAAAACCAAAUGAGCUGGAACAAACCCCCUCAGGGGGUCCUGGCAGACACAGGAAUGACACAGCUUUUCAUAUGGUUAAAAAAAUCAGCAUUACUCAAAAUGGGGGAAAAACUUUUUAACAUCAAUUUUCAACUAGAACAAAGUUUUUAUUUGAUUUUUUUUUGAAAGUAAUUUGGAUAUUAGAGCAAAGGUUUCACUGACAAGCUUAUAAACGUUAAGGUAAGGUGUGAAUGCUUCAUGAGUCUGGGUUGUGUUGUACAGGAUGGACAAUGGGAUGUUCAGUGGGGUUUUACACAAACGUUGUCCAUCCAAAUUACUUCCAAACUGGAUGAUUUCAUACUCUCCAUUUCCUGGGUUAACUCACACUGACCUGAGGGUGACUUCUCAUUUAGAAGGGUGGCUUGUUUUGCUUUUUCCAUGACUUUCCAGCCCAUCACGAUGUAAAUAACUGAGUACAGAUUGGAUACAAACUGUUGCAUGUCCCUCCUGGUAAGGCUGUGCCGUCUGAAUUCCCGGUGUCCCAUCCACUGCACGUUGGAAAAGCCACCCUGCCCAAGUCCGUGGUGUUAUCAGAGGUGAUCGAUGUCAAAUGCUGACGCCGACAUUUUUUAUUCUGUAUAUUUAGAAUGAAGUUAAGAUAAAACUUUAUAAAGGCAUCUUUGAUCAUUCCAGAA